UUGAGAAGGGCGAGAGAAGCGGGCGGAGGGAGAGAGCGAAGCGGAGCGGAGUGAGGCAUCGGGGCUCGGGGAGGCGGCCCGCGAGGCGGCUGCCGGACGGAGGGAGGCAGCGGAGCAGCAGGGUCCGGGCAAGCGGCCCGUGGGACGGCGACCGGAGAGAGGGGUGUUGCCGCAGAAGAAAGAGGUUCCGUGGACUGUCGUCGAGCUGCUCGCAGCAGCUUCGAGCAAGAAGAGGCCGCCUUAAAGGGGCAGUCCACUCGGAGAGAGUCUUAAAGGGACAGUCCACUCGGAGAGAGUCUUAAAGGGACAGUCCACUCGGAGAGAGUCUCAAAGGGACAGUCCACUCGGAGAGAGUCUUAAAGGGACAGUCCACUCGAAGAGAGUAUUAAAGGGACAGUCCACUCGGAGAGAGUCUCAAAGGGACAGUCCACUCGGAGAGAGUCUCAAAGGGACAGUCCACUCGAAGAGAGUAUUAAAGGGACAGUCCACUCGGAGAGAGUCUCAAAGGGACAGUCCACUCGGAGAGAGUCUCAAAAGGACAGUCCACUUGGAGAGAGUCUCAAAAGGACAGUCCACUCGGAGAGAGUAUUAAAGGGACAGUCCACUCGGAGAGAGUCUCAAAGGGACAGUCCACUCGGAGAGAGUCUCAAAAGGACAGUCCACUCGGAGAGAGUAUUAAAGGGACAGUCCACUCGGAGAGAGUCUCGAAAGGACAGUCCACUCGGAGAGAGUCUCAAAAGGACAGUCCACUCCGAGUGUCUAUUAAAGCCACAUAAGCCCCUUCUUCAGUGACAGUCUGUAGCAAGGCCAGGCUACUACGAGGUCAAUCGGCUCAAAAGCGCUCCAGACCGUUCUGUUCACUUCCCCGGUUUCUUUAGGCUACUGUUGCUGAGAGCACGUUUGUUAUUCUGAAGGUUGAGUGGGAAUAGUGUGACCUCGGAACCCUACUUUUCCCGGAAAACCCACCCGCCCUCGGAAUGGCUGAUCUGAACCGCCAGCUCCGCGAUUAUCUGUCCCAGUCGCGAGCAGGGCAGGCGGGGCAAGCGGCUGACAGUGAACCGCUCCUCAUCCCGGACACUGAGUCCCCGUCAACCGCGCCCAGCUGGGCCAGCAGGCUGAACCCCUUCGCUGGGCUGGGCAGUGGCUCACCCCUGGACCAGAGCACUGGUCCCGCUGAGGGAGGGUGGUGGGCGACCGAGCCUGACCCCUGGUUGCCCUCACUGUCCCGGCGCCAGCGGCUGACGGGUUUUGGCCUGUGCCUAGCAAUGGGGCUGCUGUGCUUCGGCCUCUCAGCAAUGUAUGCCCCCUUCCUGCUGCUGAAGGCCCGCAAGUUUGCCUUGCUCUUCACCCUGGGGAGCCUGUCCUUGCUGGGCAGCCUGGCCCUACUGCGUGGGCCCGGGAACCAGCUGCGGCUGCUCACCUCCCGGGACCACCUGCCCUUCACCGCCGCCUACCUGGGCUCGCUGCUGGCCACCCUGUACACCGCCCUGGCGCUGCAGAGCACUGUCCUCACUGCCGUGGCCGCCGCAUUCCAGCUGGCCGCCCUCAUUGGAUACCUGCUCAGCUCGGUGCCUGGCGGGACGGCCGGGCUCCGCUUCCUGGGGGGCUUCUUCAAGCGGACCGUCAGCAAGUCCCUGCCCCUGUGAAGGUAGCUCAGGGUGUCGGGAGGUGUUGGCCAUCGCUGGGAGACCAAAUUCCCCCCUCCCCCCACUGAAGUACCAGGUGAGGCUACUACUUCCGAAGGAAAGUUCCUUGGAAAUUGAGAGGCAGCUCCAUCUGCCCUCUCCAAUGAAUGCAGAAACUCCUGUGGCCUCUCUCCACAAGAAUUCUCCCAAGAGAGACACAAUGCAGGGAUUUCAACAAGAAAUGCCACAGUUCCUUCCGCCCUCCCACACACACGCAACAGAUGGUCCUCGAACAGCCGAGUUUUAUUUUCCAGUCUCGACAUAAACUACAGUGACAGAUACUUCCCACAGCAUCCUGAGAGACUGCCCGACAUGCUGAGCCCCUCCAGCAGAAUGCAGCAAAUUCCUGAGGGCGAUUCACCCCAGCCUCCCAUCAUCCGUCGAUCAACAGAAAUUUACUCCGCAUCCUGAACAUCAGCGCCUUAUGCUUCACGUGGGACAGUGACUUCAAAGCAAUUCAGUGAAGGUCCUCGUCUCGGGGAAGGCUGGACUGAGGGAAGGGAGAGAAAUCGGGAACAACGGAUACAGCGGCUUGUAACAUCCAGUGAGCUAGCAGAGCAGACAUCAGAAUCAGGCCUUUAUUGUGAAAUAUGUUGUUUUGUAGCAGCAGUAUAUUAUGAUACAUAAUUUAAAAAUUUAUAAAUUGCAAUAAGAACUAUAUAUACAAAAAAAAUUAAAUUAGAGCAAAAAAAAGUGGGGUGUUGUUCAUUCAGAACAAUGAUGGUGGAGGGGAAGAAACUGUUCCUGAAAUGUUCAGUGUAUGUCUUCAGGCUCCUGUGCCUCCUCUCUGAUGAUAACAUUGAGAAGAGGACAUGUCCUGGAUGAUGGGAGUCCUUAAUGACAGAUGUUGCUCCUGAAUCUGCUCUUAUGUCUUAUGAAAACAGCCGCUAGUGAUGGAUGCAGGAUUCAGGGAGUGACAGACAGGGGAGGUUGGGCUGGGUGGUGGGCAACUGCAUACUGACGGGCUAUUAUGUACAUAUGAUUGUGUAAAAGGCAACAGAUCUACAAAACAAACAUGAUGAUUGAAUAAAAGGCAAGUGUACAUUUGAA